AUGGCGCGAGAACACGCCAAGUCGACCAUGGCGGCGAUGGCGUCGCGUAAUACGAAGGCCGCCAAUCGAGCGAAGGCAGCGAUGAAGGCCUUCCGCCAGGCCGUGACCAAGAUUCUUUCAGAUGCGGAAGCGGAAGAUGCGGUGAAAUUGAACGCGGAGACCAUCGCGGCUGCGAUUAAGGACCGAAAGAGCGAUGCCACACGCAUUCUCACACACCUGCACGAAUACUACGAGGAGCUGUCGUCGAUGAAGGAGUCGACGGCUCUAUAUGACUCGCUGUUAAAGGAGCUCAUGGAAUAUUUGGACAAAUUGGAUGCUGUACAAUCACGUCUAUCGCAAGGCACACAUGCCACAAACGUACCUGAGGCUGCAAACGAAACUACUCAUGAACAGAGCGCUAAAGCCGGGGAGUCACAGCAGCUCCAGCAACAAACGCUCCCGAUCAGGUACACUCAUAUCGUUCACACCAAACAACUCAACGUCGAUGCAGGUUUACAUACCCGGUCGAAACGCGAAUGA